AUGGCUAAGAUUUCUGCAGAAGUUCGUAAUUAUUUCAAACUAGAUUUAUUAUUGAGACAUUCAUUUAAUCCUGUUCGUCAGAUAUUUCUUAAUCGUUUUCCUCAAUUUAAUGGCGGACAAUUAUGGAAUGAUACAAACAUAUGUGGACAAAAUUAUGUUACUAAUAUUUUGAAAAAGAAUAAAAAGAUUAAUUUAACACCAACACAAAGAAUACCUGUUGAAAACGGUCAAUCAAGUGAAUGGGAUCUUAGUACAUUAACAAAUAUUCUUUUAUUUAGUACUCGCCCGACAACAUUAAGUCCAAUUGAAAUACAACAGCUCGAUCAAGAUGAUAAACUUCUAGAACAAUUGAAAGAUAUACGAAAUAAAUUGGCUCAUCAUGGAUCAAAAUCUGUUGAUAAUACUGAAUUCAAUCAGUUGUGGACUGAUUUAAAAACAAUUCUAGUUGCAUUGGGUGUUGUAGAUACUGAAAUAGAUAAACUUAAAGAUGAUAGUAUUUUUGAUCCAUCUAGUCAAGUAAUUAAUGAAGAUAAUGUGAAAGAAGCAUUACGUUUAAAUUCACUUGCUACUCAAGCUCACAAAGAUGGUCAAUAUUCUGAAGCAAUUACGUUUUUUACCAAGGCAACAGUUCUAUCAGGUGUUGCAAAUUCCGAUCGUGCGGUUUUUUUUUCUAAUAUGGCUUCAAGUCGUCUUGCACUAUAUGAACAACAAGUUGAUGUCAAGGAAAGAUUCGAAGUUCUUAAUUCAAUGGAUGAACGAUAUCGUGCAUUGAAAGAUGCUAAACAAGCACGAAAUCUUUGGAAUUCAUGGUGGAAAGGACAUUUUCGUGUGGGUAAAGUAUAUGCCGUUUUAAAUGAACAUGAAAAAGCAAUUAAUUCAUUUGAACGUGCGCUAGCACUCGAUCCGACAAAUAAUGAAAUCAAGAUAGAAUUGGAUAAAAGUCGUUCAGUAUAUAUGAGACAACUGUGCUAUGAUCAUCUUAAUCCAGAAAUGAGACCAAUGAUGAUGUCUGAACGAUUGACUGAAAUGCAGCAGAGAUUUGGAACAAGUUUAGAAGAACUACUUAUUCCUUUACAUUUUAUUGAACAAAUCGAUCCAGCCGUAGCUGAUUUAACACAAGGACAUAGAUACGAACAUGGAGAUGUUAGUAUCAAACAAGAUUAUGAAGUAGCUGCGAGGUAUUUUGCAAAAGCGGCUAGUCAAAAUAAUGCUGAAGGAUUGUAUAAUUUAGCGCGACUAACUGAUUUUGGUCUUGGAGUAAAGAAAGAUCCAUGUUUAGCUCAAAAACUUUAUGAACAAGCAGCUAGACAACCGCCAAUGUAUCCAAAACUAAAAACCUUUCGAAAUCCUGGCGUAGCAGCAGCGGAACAUGCCUUAGCUUUACGAUAUGCUAACGGUAUUGUUGUUCAUAAAAAUUUACAAGAAGCUGUGUAUUGGUAUGAACGUGCUGUUGCUAAUGAACAUGCUCCAUCAGCCAAUAAUUUGGGUAUAAUAUAUAACGAGGGUAUCGGUGUAGAAAAGAAUCUUGAUAAAGCUGAAACAUUAUUUGAAAUGGCAGCAAAAAAUGGAUGCGCAAAUGCUAUGCAAAGUUUAGCAAAGAUGUUACUCGAUAGUAACGAACUUCCAAUGGCAAAAAUUUGGUUUAAUCGAGCAUGUGAAGCAGGUAAUAUUUAUACUGAAAUUGAACGUAUUACAUUUGAGAAAUUGUUACAAGAAAAACAACAAGAAAUAGAUCGAAAUUCAAUAAGUAUUAUAAAACGAAGCGAAGUAAAAACUGAGCAAACACAUGCUUUUGAUUAUGAUAUUUUAAGUGAACAUGCUAAACGUGGUUCAAUUACUGCAAGAAAAAUGUGUGACGCUCGAGAACAUUUCCAGAAAGCAAUAAGUAUUAUUCAAAAAAUAGAAAGUUUAACUGAAGAUGAAGAAAAUAUAUUUAUACAUGAAUUAUCUCUUUGUUUUCGUAUCGAAUGUAUAAUUACUCAAUUCCCUACCACGAAAAUUCGUCAGAAAACAGAAGAGAUCGUUGAUCGUGUGCUUCACCGAUGUUCUACAAAUAAUAAAUCAAUUGACGCUACAUCAAAACUUGACGAAGACGUUCGAAUAUGUUAUGCUGUUUUACAUAUGGAAUCACUAACAGAAAUCGUUCAAUUUCUUGCUUUAUGCCAACAGAAAUAUCCGAAAUCAAUUUAUUUAUUUCAAUUAAAUGCAAUAGCAAAUUGUUCAUUGCGUCAAUAUGAAACUGUAUUGUAUAGUAUUAAUAAUGGAUUGGAUAUUGAGCCGAAUAACUAUGAAUUAUUAUAUCAUAGAGCGGUGGCAUUGCGGUUCGUAGGAAAUGAUAUGAAAGAGACUAUCAAAGCAUAUGAAACAUUUCUUGUAAAUGCACCAAAAGAUCAUCGAAAAGUACCUGAAGCAUAUUAUGCAAUGGCGAACUGCUAUUUUGUACAAGAGAAACGACAAGAUAUUACAAAUAAUGUUAAGAAAACGUUUCAGCAGGGUAUUGAGGCAGAAAAAGGUCAACUACCAUGCUUCUUACCGUAUAAAUCGACUAGUAAGAACUUUCUCGAACAGAUACUUAAUGAAAACGCCUCAUUCCAAAAUGUGAAAUCAUCCACUUCUGACAAUAAUAAUAAGUCACGAUUAAGAGAUCCAAAUCGAAUUUCAACCAUAGUCGAACAGCGUAGAUGGCAAAACACAUUGUUAUAUGGAGAAAAGAGACACUCAGCUUCUGCUAUUGUAUACACUAGUCGAGAAGCUCGAAUUUCUCAACGCUCAGCUAAAUCAUUGAUUGGAUUGAAACCAAUAACAAUACGAGAAAUGAAUCCAAUUAAAGAUCAUGUUUAUGACAAAUAUGUAUUGUCUGUAACAAUCAUUGGACGGGCUUAUUCAUGGGAACCAUCCAUUCAUCUAAUAAUUGAAGAUGAACAUCUUGAUUGUAUUAAAAUAUGUAUUUAUGGUUUUCCUAAUGAUGAUGGUGGGUCCUUAGUUAGUCAAAGAUUUCGAAUUGGUGCGAAAAUGAACAUUAUCAAUCCAUAUCUGCGAAUACCUCCGAGCGACAGAAUACCGAUAGUUCGCGUUGAUGAUUUUUUAUCUAUUAUCAUGCAGAAUGAAUCUGAAUACAUUAUCAAUAUGUGUCGAUGUUGUGGAAAAGAAAAUGCUUCACAAGUCUGCAGUUUAUGUAAACAAGCAUUUUAUUGUUCAAAAGAAUGUCAAACAAUUGAUUGGAAACUAUAUGAACAUAAACUGAUAUGUAGAAAAGAAUAA